AUCUCUCAGCUCGUAGCUGUCACUAGACUUUUGAAGAGGGCAAAUUACAGGCUUGAAUAUAACUGUUUAUCAGUAAAUCCAAAUUAAAUAAAAACACAAUGGCUUCUGCCUCGAGGAGGGGUCUUGGUCAACUGCUCCAGCAAGGUUGGAACGAAAUUCCUGAAGUUUUAGCAUCAACGGGCCUCGCGUUCGCUGGUAUUGGUUUGGCUACAGUGGGGUGCUAUAACUAUGUGAAAACUGAUGGUGAUAACAGGAGGUACAAGAGCACCUACGUCGUCAUGAGAUCAGACGAUCCCAAAGCAAAAUUAAUUCGCAAAGAUUAAGUAUAGUUCGUGUAAAUCAGUUGCUGCUGUUGUGGAAUGUUAGUUACAAUUAUUAUGUAAUAAAUGCCCGUUUAUUGAA